AUGAAAUUUAUUAUUUUUCUAUUAAUAUCUAUUAUUGCUCUGAAGACUGUUAUUGCUGCUUCUGAUGUUGUCAAAUGCUUAAAUAGCGUCAGCAAUCCUUGUCAACCUUCUGAUUCUAAUUGUAACACAGAAAAGACUAGAGUAGAAAAUUGUGUUAAUGAUGUCUACAAUGAUAAUACUCUUACGACAGAUGCCCAAAUUAGCAAUGCUAUUAAAACUAAAUGUUCUUCAACUAAUAGUUCUGUUCAGAAUUACAUUAAACAAAGUCUUAAAUGUCUUAAAAGUUCUCAUUUAUAUCUUGGAACAUUGAUUAUAUUACUUUAAAUUUUAUUAUGA